ACGCAUCAGCGUGGCAGCAACAAACACAAAAAUGCCAGAUCGAUGUGUAGUUUUUGGUUGUUCUAGCGUAGCCAGUUUGGAGAAAGGCAUUUCACUUCAUCGCAUACCAUUUUUUAACGACGAAAGAAGCGAAGCUAAGCGUAGGAGAAAGCGAUGGGUCAACUUUGUGAAAGCUACUCGCGAUAAGUGGGUCCCCACAAAGAAUUCCAAAGUUUGCUCGGAACACUUCACAAAAGAUUCGUUUUCUCGGCAAUUCGGCUCGCUUUCUGGAUCAGAAAGUAAUUUUGCACCUCGACUCAUUCGAGAUGAAUUCGGAAUCGUUGCUUACCCGAGCAUUUAUCCUCGAAAAGAUGACAAUGAACUUACAACAAGAGAUCGCAGAAUGAUUCUAUAUCAUACAAUAAGAUGUAUGCAACUUUAACUAAACCAAGGUUGAUUGCUGGAAUCGUUAAAGCUUCUCCAAUGUCUCAAACAAGUGCAUUGGAGGGAUUUCACUCAGUUCUUAACCAGUUUGCACCCAAAAUGAUAAGCUACUCUUUUCCUGGGAUGUUCUGCAGGUAUUCUAUGAAA